CACGCGCCCAAACUUGUCCUGAGAACCGUGAUGUCGUUCUUCAGCGCGGCGUCGUCUUCGGCGGCCGCAACAGUCACACCAGACAAAGAUAUCGAAGUAGCUGAUCCGCCUAAUGACUCUAUUUCCUCUCUCGCAUUCUCGCCACAGGCGGACUACCUUGCUGUCGGAAGCUGGAACAAUGAGGUGAGACUCUAUGAAGUGGGCGCCAAUGGACAAACACAGGGGAAGGCAAUGUAUGGCCAUCAGGGCCCUGCAUUGAGCGUGUGUUGGAAUAAGGACGGAACCAAGGUACUUUCAGGAGGCGCAGACAACGCCGGUCGCAUGUUCGACAUCACAACUGGCCAGUCUCAGCAAGUUGCACAGCACGAUGCACCAGUCAAAGUAGUCAAAUGGAUUGAAACCCCUCACGGAGGCAUUCUCGCCACUGGCAGUUGGGACAAGACGUUGAAGUACUGGGACCUGCGCACGCCGAACCCCGUAUCUACGGUUCAGCUACCUGAACGCUGCUACACCAUGGAUGUCACGUAUCCCCUCAUGGUCGUUGGCACCGCAGAACGCCACAUCCAAAUCUUUAACCUCACAAAUCCAACGACUCCCUUCAAGACCAUGGCUUCUCCUCUGAAAUGGCAAACCAGAGUUGUUUCCUGCUUCCCCUCGGCCAAUGGCUUUGCUGUCGGGAGUGUGGAGGGACGCGUUGCUAUUCAAUAUGUCGAAGAGAAAGACUCUAGCAACAAUUUCUCUUUCAAAUGUCAUCGCAGAGACCAGUCUCCCACAAACAAGGAUCAGUCUCUCGUCUUUGCGGUUAACGACAUUACGUUCCACCCUGUCCACGGGACGUUCUCGACAUGCGGUUCCGACGGUACCGUCAACUUCUGGGAUAAGGAUGCCCGCACGCGUCUGAAGACUUUCGAGCCUGCACCUGGCCCCGUGCCGUGCACAGCCUUCAACCGCAAUGGCACGAUCUUCGCCUACGCCGUCAGCUACGACUGGAGUAAGGGCCACAGUGGCAUGACGCAGGGACAUCCGAACAAGGUCAUGCUGCACGCGUGCAAGGACGAUGAGGUCAAGAGGAAGCCCCCAAAGCGGUGAGCCGCUAACCACACUUUUAGUACGAUCGAUUGUCUACUUAGUAAGGAGUCGACGAAGUCUGUGUACGUACUAUAGAUGUCAAUCCGUUUGCUUCAAUGAUCACCUUACUCGUGCGCGUUUGCUCGACGGUCUCGCAAUAUCGGACCCCAUGCU